AUGAAGAAUGCUCCUAGCAACUCGAUCUCCAACAAGAUGUCCAAAGGCCGUCAAAGAAUCCCCAUUGACCAACGUCGGGAGAAGGAUGAAGAUUGUUGGAACACAUUUUCUAAACGUCGUAAUGGAUUGUACAAAAAGAUCAGUGACCUAAGCAUUGAUUGUGGUCUCGAUUUUAUUGCCAUGAUGUUCUCCCCAUCAGGGAAGCUCUACUCUUUCACUUCCCCAAACAUGGAGUCGAUUGCAAUGAGACUUCUCAACAAUCAAAAACUUCACAAUAGAGAUGAUAAUGAUUUACUUAUGGAGGCCUCUUAUAGAUCAACAUUGGAUGAACUAACUCGUCAGUUUAUCGAGGUGAGCAAUCUUUUGGAUCAAGAGGAAGAGAGGGAAAAAAGAAUAGACACGAUGGUUAAGGCACGCCAAAUGUUGUCGAUUAUCGACACUCCUAUUUCAGAUCUUAGUGAUGAUCAAGUUAAAAUUUUGAAAGAUUCACUAAAUAAAAUUCAGGAUUGUGUGAAGGAAAGAAUCAACCAACUCAACUCAACUUAA